GCUCAGCGAUGAGCCAGAAAGCUAGCGCUAUGCUAGCAAGAUUCAAGGUCAAUAACAUUGCGUGCAGUUGACAGUCAGUAUAAUUUUAUAGUAUGUUUAACAACAAGACUAGCUAGCUAACCAGUCAUGUCAUUGUCCUCAAAUCAAUAUCAAGAGUUUCACGAACAAAUGACCGGCCGUGUGUAACAUUAACAUUACUGUGGCCGCAGCCUGAAGUAGAGAGAUGAACAGCGAACGGGAUGUGAGACUAUUGGCUUUUGUGAUACGAAGUAGCAGGAGGUUCAGAGGGGAAGUGUACUUUCUGCAGCUUGUGUGUUACAGUCGCCAUUCUGUGGUGUUCAGAGUUUAAGGCGCUGAAGGACUGACGGACUACACUGGGUGUUUUUUUCAUCUUGUAUUUGAUUUAAUUCUCCCGGUGUUAACUUCUUGUGCCGUUUCUCUCUUUUCUUCGCACUUUCUCUUUCUUCAGCUGCAUCCCAGUCAACAAAGUUGUCAUAUUCUCCAAAUAGGUUAAAAGAAAUGCUGAAGUCACUCAUCAUUGUUAGUUUGUUGCCCUGUUGCAAUAAAUUGUCAACAGAGGCUUUGACUGCGUUCCCGUUGCUAUGGUCACUCAUUUCAGAGACAGGCUGAUACUCUAGCCAGCGCAUUAAUUUAGAACAGUGAACAGACAGUUUGACUGGAACUACUUAGUAGUAGGUGUCCAUGUAUCAGGGAUUAGUGGACACCCUGCAGCCAAUCAGAAUCAAGUAUUCCCCCAGACCAUAGUAUAAGUGAUGUUUCUGCCACUCUCUGCGUCAUUUAACACAUCUGUGUUUAAGUAGGACAAAGGUCGGCUCCCUCCCUCUACCUGCCACUCCGUGCCUCUGCUUUGCAGCUAUUUGCAGCUCUCUCCUCAUCUUCCCAGCCAAAUUCAAGUGGCAGAGAUUCACUGACUGAUCAAAACUGUGAACAUGGCAAACAUGCUCCAAUGCUCAUCAGAUGGACAGGCUGAUGAGCAAGUGGGUUUCCGUGACUUGAAUGAGCCUCUCAUUGAUCACUCAGAGGGCCAACUCUUCCUGAGCAAAGCCUUCAAGAUUAUUGUGGAGGAGGUGCUCUGCAAGGGCACAGACAUCUCACAAAAGGUUUGUGAGUGGAAGGAUCCAGAGGAGCUGGCUCGGCUGCUGGAUCUGGAGCUGAGGGCAACAGGGGAGCCACAACACAAGCUCCUGGAGAGAGUCAGCGAUGUGGCCAAUUACAGCAUCAAGACAAGUCACCCACGAUUUUUCAAUCAGCUGUAUGGUGGGGUGGAUUAUCACGCAUUAGCUGGAAGAUUUCUCACUGAGGCCCUCAACACCAACCUCUUCACAUAUGAGGUGGCCCCGGUGUUUGUGCUGAUGGAGACUGAGGUCCUGAGAGGGCUGCGGCAGCUGGUCGGCUGGACGGAGGGUGACGGUCUCUUCUGCCCCGGAGGUUCUACCUCUAACAUGUUUGCCAUGAACCUCGCACGCUACCGACUCUUCCCAGAGGUCAAAGGCCGGGGACUGUGGGGUCUCCCACGACUAACCUUGUUUACAUCUUCAGAGAGCCAUUACUCUGUGAAGAAGGGUGCUGCCUACCUGGGCAUUGGGACCGACAAUGUCAUUGUGGUGAAAGUGGAUGAUGGAGGCCGCAUGAUUCCAGAGGACCUGGAUGAAAAGAUCACGCUGGCAAAAUCUCAGGGUACGGUGCCGUUCCUUGUAAGCUGCACAUCAGGGACCACAGUGCAGGGUGCGUUUGACCCACUGGACCGCAUAGCGGAUGUCUGUGAAAAACACAAGCUGUGGAUGCAUGUAGACGCUGCCUGGGGAGGGAGCGUGCUGUUUUCCAAGCAACACAGACAUCUGAUGAAAGGAGUUGACAGAGCAAAUUCAGUGGGCUGGAAUCCACACAAGAUGCUUCUUGCUGGCCUGCAGUGUUCUGUCCUGCUGCUACAGGAUACAACGAACUUGUUGAAGCGGUGCCACUGCGCCAACGCCUCGUAUCUGUUCCAGCAGGACAAAUUCUAUGAUGUGAAUCUGGACGUCGGGGAUAAGUCUGUGCAGUGCAGCCGCAAGGUGGACUGUCUGAAGUUGUGGUUGAUGUGGAAAGCUGUUGGCUCUGCUGGCUUGGAAGAGCGUGUAGACAAAGCUUUUAUCCAUGUGAAGUAUCUGGUUGAGGAAAUGAAGAAAAGAGAAGGGUUUCAGCUUUUGCGUGAGCCAGAGUUUGUGAAUGUUUGCUUCUGGUUUAUACCACCCAGUAUGAGGGGGAAGGAAGGACAUGCAGAUUACCAGGAGAGACUAGCAAAAGUAGCUCCAGUGAUCAAGGAACGCAUGGUGAAACAGGGCACUAUAAUGGUGGGCUACCAACCUUUGGGAAACAAGGUCAACUUUUUCCGUAUGGUUGCUUUCUCACCGCUACUUUCCAAGAAAGACAUGGACUUCUUCCUGGAUGAAAUUGAAAGACAGGGAAACGACUUGUGAACAAACUUAACUCAUGGCUGUAUACCUCGUAUAUCUAAAUAUCAAGGGUGUGGAUUAAUCCUGCUAUCAUGGCGUCACAGACUGUAACAACCUCACUGUAUUAACUCCAUAAUGUGUAUUCUAGAUUUACACAGCUGUCAUAAUGAGAUACUAAUUUCCAAAUUCAGAGGAACAUGGACCAAUAUAUGAAUGAAUAAAUGAAUGAAUGAAUCAAUGAAUUAAUGAAUAAAGAGGACCUUUAUUUUAAAGGUGAA